AUGGCGCAGGGCGAGCCGCGGGCCGCAGCGCCGGGGCCGCGGCUGUGCUGUGCUGUCCAUGCCGGGCGGCCGCUGGAGCUGUUCUGCGAGGACUGCGGGAGCUGCGUGUGCGCUCUGUGCCCGGCGCUGGGCGCGCACCGCGGACACCGAGCCUGCCUCCUGCCGCACGCCGUGUGCCGCACGCAGGAAUGCAUGGCAUUGUGCUUGAAGAAUCUAGAAGAGAGAAAAGAGCAAGAAGCUGGUAACAGAAGGAGAAUACAGCAGGCCAUAAAUGAUGCGAAGGCACAUGCUGAUAUCAUCAAACAGCAGCUGUCAGAAAAAAUUACUGAGCUUCAGUUACUUCUUCGGGAAGAAGAGAGUCUGGCAAAAAACUUCAUUGAUGAAAAGACUCAGCAAGGCCUGGGAGCACAUGAUCAGCAUUUGAGGUCCUGUGAACAACAGCUUGCAGCCCUAGAGACCUUCACACAUCGAAUCAAACAAAUACAGCAGGACAGUGAUCCUAUUCAUUUGCUGGAGAAGUACACAGAAAUUGAGAAGGAAAUGAAGGAAUCCAGGCACCUGUUAGAAAAGUGGCAUCCAGUACCUCUCUCGUUUGAGCACUUACUUAAUCAUUAUAAACACUUAAUCGGAGUUCUUCAGUCCAUUCUACUAAAACCAUUGGAAGCCCGGCUUAAAGAAGAUGUUUUCAGUAGCCUUAAUCCCACUGCAAUGAAGGAGCCUGGGACAGUGCUGAAAACCAUGACUCCUGUCGAUCGGUUGCUUUUCUUAAAACAUGCAAGAUCACCAACCUGGGAAUAUGACAACAUUCACCCAAGACUGAAAUUGUCUGACGACCGUCUUGAAGUAAGCUGUAGCUGGAGGAGAAUAUUUUACCCCUGUAGUCCCCAGAGAUUUGAUAAAUUAUGGCAAGUGCUAAGCAGAGAUGCAUUCCUUUCUGGGAGCCAUUACUGGGAAGUUGACCUGCUUCAUGCUGGAGCAGGAUGGUGGAUUGGCGCAGCCUACCCUACCAUUGGCAGGAAAGGAGACUCUGAAGCCUGUCGACUGGGCUGGAAUAGAGCAUCUUGGUGCCUUAAGAAGUUUGAUAUUGAGUACUGGGCAUUUCACAAGGGAGAGAGAAUCCCCAUCCUGAUACAAGAUGAUCCUGAUUGCAUUGGCAUUUUUCUGAAUUAUGAAGCAGGAAUUCUUUCAUUCUACAAUGUUAGUGAUGGCAUGGCUCAUUUGCACACCUUCCACUGCAAGUUCACAGAACCAGUUUAUCCAGCCCUGAGACUCUGGGAAGGGUCCAUUAGAACAUGCAAACUAACGUAAGAAACAAUGUGAAAUAAAGCCUAUUUCAAGCUUUUUCUGUUAGUGCCACUUCAGCAAUUAUCUACACGAAUUUUUCUCUGUUGUAUCAAAGUUGUAAUUUUGAUGCUUUAAGAAGAUAACGUAAGUUCAGGAAAACCACCUGUGAUUUUUAAUGUUUUUUUUUUUUUCCAAUGAGGGAAGGUGAUCUGACUUUUAUAAAUGAUGUUGAUGUGCCACUCGAAGUCCUGUACGUACUAUUACUUUACUUUUUCCAACUUGUAACAGUAAGUUCAAGAAAAACAACUGUAUUUUUUAAUGUGUAUGUAUUUUUCAAUGGGGGAAGAUGAUUUGCCUUAUAAAUGGUGUUGCUGUACCACCUGAAGUGCUGUAUGUAGUAUUUUUUGACUUGCAAAAUGGAAGAAGUCAGGUUGAAAGAAACAUAUUACAACUUAGACUGGAACCUGGAUAUUGACUUUUUAAAAUUUUUUUAAAUGAACUUAUUCUCCUCAUUGGCCUGGAGAGACUGCAGUUGUGUAUGGCAAGAGGUUUAGUUUGGUUCAAGCUUUGAGAUUAUAUACUGCAUAUUGUUAUCAUUGACAAGGCCAAAUUUGGAUAAUAAAUGCAUUAAGUGCAUUAGCUCAUAUUUCAGCAU